AGGAUGCGAGGUGGAGCGCUACGUUACGCUCCGACGGAUGGAGCUUUGCUGCUUCUGAGCCCCCAGCAGGAUGAAGGCUCCUCUCACCCUCAUCUGCCUGGUCUUCACUCUCAACCUGGCAGCAGGUUAUCUGACUGUUUCCAUUGAUCCUCUUCCUCCCGUCGUGAUCGGAGACACCGUCAUUCUGAGGUGCAGCUUCAGGACGGACGGCAGCCUCCGAGAGGUCAUGUGGUUUCAGGUAAUCAAAGGAGGAAGCACCAAGCAGAAGAUUUUCACCUACGUCAUGAACAACAGCAGCUACCCCCCCAUGGAAGACGUAUCCAGAGAGAACCUGGUUUACCAUUCCACCGUCCGACUCCCUGAGGUCCAGAUGGAGGACGACGGCCGGUAUGAGUGUCAUGUGGGCAUCAGGAACUCCAGAGAUGACCUGGUUCUGGCCUCCGACAGCAUCAUCCUCACUGUCAUUGUGCCUCCUAAAUCCAUCUCCCUGGAGGCGGCUAGCAGCCGGGCGCUAUUCAGCCGCUACGAGGUGCAGAACUUCACCCUGGUCUGCAAGGUUGCUGGAGCAAAGCCGGCUCCUGUGGUUUACUUCAAGCGGGACGGGGAGCUCAUCGAUGUGUUGCCAAAAACCAAGUUCUCCUCAGCUGGACUCCAGAAUCAGGGUUCUAGUCUGGACCGGAACAGGAACCAGGCAGCACUGAUGAGCUCCAAGGUUCCCACCAGGAGGGAACUGGACGAUACCAAGCUCAAGAAGGACAGGAGGCCGACUUCAGGCAGCCAGAAGGGUCCUGAUGGUCUCCAGCAGGGUCUCCAGAACCAGCAGGACCACCAGAACCAGGACCCGUCUGAGUCAACCCCAGAACCACCCCCAGAGGUGGUCCCUGAGACGGUGGUGAGCCGGGAGUUCCCCCACUGGGUCCAGAGCAGCGACCCGCUCUACCACCUCCAGGUCCAGCAGCAGGAGGUCCAGGACGGAACCGUGGAGGUCCGGGCCCUGCUGACCUGGAGCCUGAACCCCCAGCUGGACAACCAGGCCCUGUUCAGCUGCCAGGUCUCGCACCCGGGCCUGUCCAUGCCCAUGGGGGCCGAGGUGACCCUCGCGGCUCCCAGAGGCCCCAAGCUAUCCAUGACGCCCAGUACGGUCAAAGUGGGCGACACGGUGCGGAUCGUGGUCCAGGGCUUCCAGCUGGGACCUUCUGCUGGUGGAAGUGUGCAAUUUCGGACGCAGCCCAUGUGUGUUGCAGAGCGAGGUGUUUCCGGAUCCCGUGUUCACCUGGACCAGGGUGGGGGGGCGGCUGCUGGACGGGAGGAACCACCGCGAUGGCAGGGAGCUGGUUCUGGAGCGGGUUCCUGCCGAGCUGAACGGGUCCAUGUUCCGCUGCACGGUCCAGAACCCCCUGGGCUCCACGGACACCCACACCCGCCUCGUCGUGUUCGAAAACCCCCAGCUGAAGAAAGGAAGGCAGUAUCAUGUAGUCAUCAACGCCGUGAACCACCAGCCUCCGUCCAUCUUCACCUCCAUGAUGCUGCUGCUGCUCACCUCUGAGCUGAAGUGACCCCUGACCCCGGAACCACCGAACCCUGCACCAACCAGAACCGGGUCCUGGUGGGACCACCGACCCCUGGAACCUUGGACCAACCAGAACCGAGUCCUGGUGGACUCCAGACGCCAUUACUGCUGGACUGUAAAAUCCUUCAGUUUAAUAAAACUUUUUUGG